GUCGGUCGAUAAUACUUGAAAGUACUCAGUUCCGUCCUACUCGUCAAUUUCGGGAGUGUAGGCAAAUCUUUACGGAGUGCCAACUCUUCAAUUUCGGAGCCAUCUAUGCUAUUGGCAGACGAUGUCUUCAUCCCUUCGACACAGACAACCUCUUUCAAUAUUCAACAACAACAUAUCGCUAGGAGACAUGGCCACCCCAACUCCGCUACUUUAUAAGCCCCUGCUCCAAACAGACAUCCUCAAAGCACCUAGGCGAGCCGGACCUACCAAGACUUUCCGCAAUUCGUCAAACAAAGGACGCUUUCAGCCCAAACAGCAAAGCGACGGUCUUCGUUCACGUCGAUCGUUCGCCUCGAAGGCGUCCACCGCCCCUUCCUUUCGCCACUCACUGCCAAAAUUACCAUCGCUUCCCCCGUUUUUCUACCGCGGUGCCUCAAAUUAUGCCACGACUCCGCGCGCCCCCCCACAGAACCCCGCUCCUUUCCGCGCACCUUCUUACUUUGACUCCUCCAUGCCCGUCGGUCAAGCCGCCCCUUUGAAGGGAGGAAGUAUUCAAAAGGCUCGACCGCGGCCAGCCACGAACAAGCGAAAAUCUUUCGAUCAAACCGGUCGAACGGAUCGGCGACACCGUCACUGGAAAAACAUCUCGGUCUACGGUCGCCCCAAGAACUGGCGGCGCAAAGGCGACUUCUAUCGGCCUCCCGCCCCCGAAAAUCUGUCGUGUUCGCCUACUACGCAAGUCGAUGGCGAAGGUGCCACCGAUAGUCACCUGAAAGGCACCUCCAAACUUUCCGCACAUAGCUCUCCGCCUACCCUUACUGAUGCAGAAGUCGACGACAUCCUCGAUGAAGCUUUUGCUGAUCUGGGGUGGAACGUGGGUCAACAAUCGGAGCGCGCAGGGGAUGAGGAUGAGGACGAGGAGGAUAACAUGACUCCACCUUUGGCCGAUUGGAUAUAUCCGACGGAGAUCUACGAGGCCGAUCGGAAGAAAUUCUUCGAGAUGGGUGGGACUUCCCUCGAUCGAUCUUUCAUUGGGUGUACCCCGCCACCGAACAUUCUGGCGGACCUCGAUUUGCUGCCUUGAGAGAUGUUGCUCCGAGCGGGUAUUCUUUUGGAUCGAGCUGUUGAUCAGCAUUUUUGGGAAUGAUGGGUUGGGAGGGAUCAGCGUGGCGUCUGGUAGUUAGAUACCCUAUACGGUUGAUUCUUGGAAUCAGUCGCUAAUACCAUUUGUCAU